AUGGACAUGUCGGCGGAAAAUCCGUUUGCAGAUCUCAUGACGAAGGCAGUCAAGCUGAAAGGUGCCCAGCAAGCUCAAUUACGGACUCAAUACGAUUCGUGGCCACAGUACUUCCAGCACUCGCUGUUCAUGCAGGAAUCAGUAGUGGCCGUUCGCUCCAAGCCUUUUCCUGAGCGAAUAGUUGCUGCUGAGAGUAUGAAAGUCGCUGGAAAUGCUCAUUUUAAUGGCGAAGCGCUCGAAGACGCCGUGGCUGAGUACGAAAAGGCAUUGGCAGUUUUCACGUAUUUGGAAAAUAAAGAUCCUGGCUGGAAGAAGAAGGGAAUUGAAGACAAAGACAUGCUGAUUAUCGACUUCAAGUGUGGUAAUCCAGAAGACCAAAGGCGAAUCGAUUCAUUGAAAGUAUCAUGCUACUUGAAUAUUGCAGCACAGGCUCUCAUCACUCCUGCGUCGUCCGGUGCUCUAGAGUUUGAUCGUGCUAUCUCGGAUCUCCAGAAGGCGUACACGAUCGAUCCUGACAACCGAGAAGUCCGGAAACUCCUGCGAGCGUUAAUGGAGCAGCGUACCAAACAGCGAGCUCUUGAUAAGGAGACAUUUAGUGGCAUGUUCAACAGGGGCCAAAAGUUUCAGCAGGAGGUGGAAGAAGCUGAAGCUCUCGCUAAGGGUUUUGAAGCAAAGGGCAAGGCAGAAUACGCCAAAGAAAUCAGAGACAAAAUCGCGCAGGCUCAGGGAGUUCGCAAUCGCCAACUCAAAUGUGUCGACUUUUUCCAUCCGACACCCGAAAUGAUCACGAACGCGAAAGAAAACGGAAUUGAUCUGACCGAUCGGAAUGUCCAACAAAUGCUGCACGAUCUUCAAGAGGAAGAGAGGAACAAAGCUGCAGUCACGUCGGUGGACUCGCUACUCAAAUCAAUGUCUAGCACUGAGAUCGCUCAACUUCUUAGUCGGGAAGGUAUCGACUAUCACAAAAUCUCGGAUCGCGAGCAGUUUCUCGAGACAGCCAGGCAAGUUCUACUGUCCAAGCUCAACGACACGAAGGAGCCUACCAAGCCUUCGUAUGCUCGCACAAUUGUACUGCUCGCUGUAGCGUGGACUUUGCUGCGUCUGUACACGUCCGGUGGUCUCUCAGUACUUGGAACUAAAGUCAUGGACAUUUUCGACGAGGACUGA